AUGGACUCACAAGGUAGCUACACAGACGAUAAUACUAAUCACGCCUCGAAGCAGGAGGCUGAGACUGAAAAUGGCCCCGAGUCUCUCAAAGGUCAAAACGGUUCACGACAUGAGUCUGAAAGAUUUGAUAACCCAGACCAAAAAGCUCCUCAAGCGCACUACAUGCUAGGAGAGUCUCACCACGAUCAGUUCCAUCGCCAGCGGGGACUUAAAAAUCUGGAAAAUGCAAUCGCAUACAUGUCCCGAGCGGUUGCCUUCACUUCUGAUUAUGACCCGGGAUUUCCACACAUGCUCGAAAGAUUAGGAGCAUACCACAGCGAUCAAUUCCGAGAGCUGGGCGAAUUGAUAGAUAUCGAAAAGACCAUUGAAUACUUGUCCCGUGCAGUUGCAUUGACGGACGCUAGCGACUUAGACUUGCCAGGACUACUUAAUAAUCUAGUCAGAUCUCACUGUAACCGAUAUGCACGUCAAGGUGGCAUUGGCGACAUCGAAAGGUUAAUCGAACACUGCUCCCGUCUGGUCGCAUUAGCUGCUCAUGAUGAUCCUGAGUUGCCGAUGCGACUUGCUGGUUUAGGAGGACUUCAUGAAGAAAGAUACAGGCGCUUAGGACAGCUGGACGACAUUGACAAAGCAAUCGAAUACGAAUCUCGCGCGGUGAUAUUGGUGCCUGAUGAUCACCCGCUCUUACCACAACUACUCAGCACCCUAGCAGUAUCCCAUCGUGAACGGUUUAGUUGCCGAGGAUACAUAAAAGACCUUGAUAAUGCUACAGAAUAUGCGGCUCGCUCGGUUGAAUUGACUUCCAGUGAUCACCCGGCCUUGCCAGAGCGAUUCGCCGACCUAGGGAUAUGCUAUGGUAUUAGAUUCCGGGCUCGGGGCAACUUGGACGACAACGACAGAGCAAUCGAACACUUAAACCAUGCGCUUUCACUGGCUCCUGAUGAUUACCCGAAUUUAUCUGGCCUAUUCAUCAAUUUGGGCGUAGUUUAUGGCACACGUUUCAAUCGUCUAGGCGAACUCAACGAUCUGGACAAAGCAGUCGAAUUCGGGGCUUGUGCGGUCUCACUAACUCCAGAUGGACACCCGCGCUUGCCGGAGCGACUCGUCAACCUAGGCGUGUCUUACGGUGAUCGAUUCAAGCGUCUGGCCGAAUCAAGUGACAUUGAUAAAGCCAUAAAACUCAAGUCUCGUGCCAUUGCAUUGACUCCGGACGGUGAUCCACACUUGCCAUACCGGCUUAGUGUUCUCGGAGCAUCUUAUCACGAUCGAUUCAGUCACCAGGGAAGCCAGGAAGACCUCGACAACGCAAUCGGGAAUAAAGCUCGCACAGUCGAAUUGACUCCUGACGGGCACUCGGAGUUAUCGGGACGACUUGCCGCACUGGGAGCAUCUUAUGGGCAGCGAUUCAAGCUUCUGAGGAAUCUCAAUGACAUCGAAAAAUCGAUCGAGUGCCUAUCUCGUGCAGUUAUACUGACCCCGGAGGACGACCCACACCUUCUGGACCGACACCUAAACCUAGUCAUAGCCUACAACAUUCGAUACCGGAGUGUUGGCCGUGUAGUCGAUCUCGAAAAGGCAAUUGAGUAUAUAUCUCAUGCACUUGCCCUCGCUCCCGAAGACCAUCCAAUUUUCCCUGUUGUGCAUCAUCUUUUAGCGGUGCUCUGUGUAUCGGAGUACCGAGUUACGGAUAACUCUUUGCGCUUGCAAGAUGCGCUGUGUUCAUAUCGGAAGGCUUCUCAAUCACAGGCUGGAUCACCGCGUUGCAGGUUUGGCAUCGCACUCGAAUGGGCAAACGACGCUUGUAUCUAUAGCUCGCUUAACGUGAUCGAGGCAUACCAAACUGCGAUCGACAUAUUGCCACAGUACAUCUGGCUCGGGACCACUACUGAUCAACGUUAUAGAGACAUGGAGGGGACCAAGAGCUUGCCUGCAAAGGCAGCCUCUGCUGCAAUUGCCACUUCGAACUAUGGGCUGGCACUUGAGUGGCUGGAGCAUGCGCGAUGUGUGGUGUGGAAUCAAAGUCUGAUGCUCCGAUCACCGCUUGAUGAGCUUCGUUCUUCUAAUCAAACAUUAGCGGAUCGUCUGCAAGAAGUCGCAAGUCAGCUAGACACUGUCAGCUCCGAACAUGGGGCCCCUCAAAAAACUGCUUCAGACUCAUCCGCUCUUAAGCAAGCCAGUAUGCAUCAUCUACUAGCUCAUGAGUACAAUGACCUAUUGGACCAAAUACGUCGGCUCCAUGGGUUUGAAGACUUCCUUCAGCCAAUGAAGAUAAACAAGCUUGUUCAUGCUGCCCGAAAUGGCCCCAUCGCUGUAAUCAACAUCCACAAAGCCAGAUGCGAUGUACUUAUUGCUCAGCCCGGGAAAGAACAGAUCGAUUUUGUCCCACUUCCUAUGUUUUCAUACGAGAAAGCUUGUUACGCACGGGAAGAGAUACAUAAAUCACUUGCUCAUCAGGGAUUGAGACAGCGCGAUAUCAAGCUACGACCUAGGCCGAGACAGGAGCAAGAUUCAAAGGAUAACUUUGGGGCUGUAUUGAAACUUCUCUGGUACAGUGUUGUUAAACCCAUCCUGGACUUUCUUGGACAUACUAAUAUCGUACCACCAGGUGACCUACCGCAUAUAACCUGGUGCUCAACGGGCAUAGUGUCGUUCCUCCCACUUCAUGCAGCUGGGGAUUACGAUCAACCGAACUCAAGAGUAUAUAAGUAUACAAUUUCAUCUUACACUCCAACCCUCGCCGCUCUUAUCUCAUGCUCUCCUACAUCCCUUGCACCAGGGUCCCAAAUACUUGGGGUAGGGCAGGGGGCUGCGCCAAUACAUGGGUUGGAUGAAUUACCUGGCACAGCCAAGGAACUUGCAUAUAUAAAGGAGCAUACCAAAAGGAUAGGCUACGUUGGAUUCUCAGAAUCUGCAGGCGAUGAAGCAACUAUCAAAGGUGUGCUAGAUGCGAUGGACAAACACGACUGGGUUCACCUCGCUUGCCACGCUUACCAAAGUGCUGAAGAUCCAAGCGAGAGUGGAUUUCUCCUCCAUGAUGGCAUACUGAACCUGGCCUCCAUCAAUCUCCGAUCAUUCAAGAACAAAGGACUGGCAUUCCUCUCCGCAUGUCAGACUGCGACUGGUGAUGCGAGGCUGCCAGAUGAGGCAAUUCAUCUUGCAUCAGGGAUGCUUAUGGCUGGAUAUACUAGUGUCAUUGGGACCAUGUGGUCCGUGAAAGACAUAGACGCACCAUUGGUAGCAGAGAAAGUAUACGCCAAUCUGCUGAAAGAGGGGAAGCUUGGAAACGGAGAAGCAGGCAAAGCACUUCAUAGCUCUGUCGCCCAAUUGCGAGACCAGAUUGGAGAGGUGGAAUUUGGACGCUGGGUGCCCCACAUUCAUAUAGGCUCAUAA